GCAUGCUGUGGGGUUGAGGUUAAGGAUAUGUGUAUAGUAACUCAAAGAUACGAAGAUAUCACUGUUCUUGUUGUUUCAGACAGUAACCAGACUCUGACCACAAGCCAAGGAACAAUCUCACGAUAUCUGAACCAAACAUCUGUCCAUCAAGAACGACACACAGCAUGGUGCAUCAAACCUUAUUCACCACUUCCAUUUCAAUUCUUAGUUGUUCGUUUUACUCGAUUUACCUUUCAUGCCAGUAACAUCAACAGCUACCUGGAGGUGUUGGAUGGAUGUAAAGAGUCUGCUCCCUCGCUGGGAAGAUUCUCUAGUACCCAGUCUCCUCUAGGCCGGAGUAUUACGUCAUCAACCAGUCAGCUGUUUGUUCUUUUACAUUUUGAUGACAGAAUUGGGACGUACGAUUUUGAGUUCAACUAUCACAUCUGGUCGCCUACAGUGUCUUCUACUGCAGAAAUGAAAACGCCUUCACAUCCACCAACAUCCAUUACGUCACAUUCACCGUAUACGUCAUAUUCCAAAGUGACGUCAUUACCGUUGACAACUCUUGAACAAACUACAACGAAAUAUUUUACCAAAUCUACUUUUAGUAGGUCCAGCCAUUACAACAACUUUACAAUUCCCACCAAUAGCACAAUUAAUCAUCUUUAUUCCCAUGGCAAUAACAUCAAAACGAGGCUACUACUGUACACUCUACUGCCGACUGGAGGGCUUGUCAUAAUUAUAGGUAUUGCAGUGAUACUCGUGAGACGACGAAGGAAAAGGUAUUUAUCAAGAAUCGCAUAUUCAAGACUAACUUCGCUGUCCAUCGAUGAAAUUGUUUCCGAAUUGAACGAGAAUAUGGACGAGUGUGAUAGACUGGAACUAAAUACCUCGUGUGCUGUACUCCAAGUAACCAGCGAAGAGCAUCAGACUGAAACUGGCAUGUCCCAGAGGACGUCUCGAGAACAUACGUCAUUCGAUUCAGACGAUGAAAUGAUACGUCUAGAUAGAAAUCCACCUGAUUUCCCAAGCACAGAACUGCAAAAUGUAAACACUAGUCCCAGGACCUCUGCGCCAUGUGGGUAUGAAUCUGACCCAGUCCCCGAUCAUUCUAGUCACGUGACAAAUGAAGAGUUACGUCAGCUACAUGAAAAUGAUGAUGAAGAUAAGAUGAGUGAAGCUGAGAGGAUUGCAUUGACCAGGCUGUUUGGAGAAGACCAGCAGGAUCAGUAUCAUCUACCAAAACCAAAACCUACUGUACCAAAGGAUCAAGCGAGUGAUUGUUAAGGAUAGAGACGUAUUUCCAGUCAUUACAUUAAUGAUAGUUUCAAUCAUUAGCAAGUGAAUAAAACACCCGAGAAGAUAUAUGGCCGUCAUGUUCACAGUAUGACAGUCUACUCUUCUCUCAUUUCAGUAACCUACGAUGUACCCAGAGCCCACGUUCCUCUUGGUCAGCACCUUGAAACGUUUCUUGGUGCUGACCAAGAGUAACGUGGGCUCUGGGUAGGAGGAACUGAACAAAAUCUCCUUUCCUCUACCCCCUCGACAUUUUAACUUUUAUCUUCGUGAGCAACAUGCAUGCGCAAACAUGGCUGAUAAUUCAAAUAUAUAGUUGAGUAGAGACAAGUUACCUUGUUUUCUUUUGUUUUACUUUGAUCGUUGUGGCUAGGAGGUGCUCCACGGCUAAAUAUAAAACUUCUUUCACAAGCUAAAGAAAUACUCUAGUUAACUAUAAAAGGAUUUGUCAAGAAAUAUUUUUUUAUUGUAAAUAGAUGGAAAAGAUUAAAAAUAUUUU